CCCUUAGAAAUUGAGGUACCCAAAUGAUAAGGGUAUUAGCUUCAUAUUAAAAGCCCUUUUUAAGACAAUUUACGCCAGUGUGACUGUUGGAUUUUUUAACGAGAAGUAAAGAGGGAAUGAUACGCUUCUGUUGCUAGCACUCCUUAUCUUUUUGAAGUUAUGUCUUUCCACCAGGAUCGGGGGAGUCCCAGGGGGCCCCCAGGUCAACAAGGCGCCACUCAAAACUACCAUCCCACCAACAUGAGGGCCCCCCCACCCCAGCCUCCUGUUCCCCCGUACCACUACGACCCUCAGGCCCCUCCUGGCUCAAGCUACCAUGGAAACAGCGGCUACAUGCCUCAACACUCUGACUUCAUGCAGUAUCCUCCACCAGCACAGUCCCACCCCCCUAAUUCUCUCAACCAGUGCCCGGUGCGCCCACCUUUCCCCAAGCCCCCUCUCCGGCAGGGCUUCCCUGAACCCCCGCCUAACUUUCCCCCUCCUCCCCUCCCCAGCUCCACAGGUGGUCCCACAUCAGGGUCUGCUCCGAAUGCCUACCACCCUUACAUGAUGCCUCCUGUGCCCCCACCACCAUUAGCUCACCAAUCCAUGCCACCUCCUAUAGCUUCUCAAUCUAUGGGCUACCACCCUCCAUACGCCAUGAACUACCCUCCCCAUCCUCCUCACCCCCCUUUCCCUCCUCCUGCAUUUAGCCCCGGCUACAAUCAGAGCCCCAACUCGUUCAAACCCGAGCAAAGCUUCAGGCAGGGGCAGCAGUACAAGUACGAGAAGCCCAUGGACAACAGGAGGUCUCCAGAGAGAGGGUAUCGCCAGGAGGAGCACAGGCAGAAGGGCUUCGGCUACCAUGGUGACAGGCAUAAAAUGGAAUUCCCUGCAGAGAGGAAGGAGCGCGUGAGGAGUCCAGACAGGCGCGGCAGGCCGGAGGGGGGGCGGCACAGGCCUGAGUACGACAGAGGGCACGCCUCGCCCGCACACAGGGGCAGGGAUCGCAGCAGGGAGAGGUACCGUCACAGAGAGAGUCGGAGGUCCCAGUCGCCUGACCGGCACAGGAAGAGGCCUAGAAGUCGUUCCACGAGCAGAGACCGUAAGCGCGGUCGCUGGGAAGACGAGAGGGACAGAAGGUCAGAGAGCUCGUCCGGCCCGAGCAGAGAGCGCAGCUACUCGUCCGUCAGGAGCCGAGAAUCCGAGGAGACGUUCGCUGACAGGGAGCGAGAGCGAGAGAAGGAGCGGGACAGAGAGAGAGAGAAGGAGAAGGAGAAGGAGAAAGAGAAGGAGAAGGAGAAGGGAGAGGACGAGAAAGUAGAAGAAGACGCGCAGCUGAAACCUGCCUGGAUCCGCUGCACACACGCUGAGAACUACUACUCCAAUGACCCCAUGGACCAAGUGGGGGACUCCACUGUGGUGGGCACCAGCAAGCUGCGGGAUCUGUACGAGCGCUUCGAGGAGGAGCUGGGGAAGAGGCAGGAGAGGGCGAAGGCUGUCCGGCCCAUGUGGGACCCCCCCAAGACCAAGCUGGACGAAGACCCAGAAGACAGCAGCAGUGAGUCAGACUGCGAGUCAGACGGGGAGGGAAGCACCUGCUCCAGCAGCUCUGACUCGGAUGUUUUUGAUGUCAUCGCUGAGAUCAAGAGGAAAAAGGCUCACCCUGACCGGCUGCACGACGAGCUGUGGUACAACGACCCCGGCCAGAUGAAUGAUGGUCCCCUGUGUAAGUGCAGUGCCAAGGCCAGACGUACAGGGAUCCGCCACAGCAUCUACCCGGGGGAGGAGCAAGUGAAACAUUGUCGUCCAAUGAACAACAACUCUGGGAAACUGUUCCACUACAGGAUCACCGUGUCUCCUCCCACCAACUUCCUGGCGUACGACAUCGGAGCUCGAAGCUCCUGCAGCUUCACAGGCACGUGUUUAGAGCUCGCAGAGAGGUGUAAGUUAAAUAUGCCUCAAGUUCUAACUACUGUGUCCGGAGGCAGGAGCUGUUUGCCUCCUACUCUGUUCCAGACGUUCUCGAGCUGUAUGGACUGGAACCUGACAGGUCCGGACUUUGAGGUUGCUGGAUGCCAACGGUUCCAUUUCAUGCCCCGCUUUGUCCGGUUCCUACCAGAUGGAGGGAAGGAGGUGCUGUCCAUGCAUCAGGUGCUGCUCUACCUGCUCCGUAGCAGCAAGCCUCUGGUCCCCGAGGAGGAGAUUGCAGACAUGCUGCAGUGGGAGGAGCUGGCGUGGCAGAAAUAUGCGGAGGAGUGCAAGGGCAUGAUCGUCACCAACCCCGGCAUGAAACCGAGCUCGGUGCGCAUCGACCAACUGGACAGGGAGCAGUUCAACCCGGCCGUUAUCACCUUCCCCGUCAUCGUGCAUUUUGGGAUCCGGCCUGCUCAGCUCAGCUACGCCGGGGACCCUCAGUACCAGAAGCUGUGGAAGAGCUACGUCAAACUACGCCACCUGCUGGCCAACAGCCCCAAGGUCAAGCAGAUCGACAAGCAGAAGCUGACGCAGAGAGAGGAAGCUCUUCAGAAGAUCCGUCAGAAGAACACCAUGCGCCGCGAGGUGACAGUGGAGCUCAGCAGUCAGGGCUUCUGGAAGACCGGCAUCCGCUCCGACGUCUGUCAGCACGCCAUGAUGCUGCCUGUUCUCACCCAUCACAUCCGGUACCACCAGUGUCUGAUGCACCUGGAUGAGCUGAUCGGCUACGUCUUCAAGGAGCGCUGCCUCCUUCAGCUCGCCAUGACUCACCCCAGUCACCACCUGAACUUCGGUAUGAAUCCUGAUCACGCCCGCAACUCCCUCUCCAACUGUGGCAUCCGCCAGCCGAAGUACGGAGACAGGAAGGUCCACCACAUGUACAUGAGGAAGAAAGGAAUCAACACAUUGAUUAACAUCAUGUCUCGGCUGGGGCAGGAUGACCCCUCCCCCUCCAGGAUCAAUCACAACGAGAGACUGGAGUUCCUGGGUGAUGCCGUAGUCGAGUUCCUCACCAGUGUCCACUUGUACUACUUGUUUCCCGGUCUGGAGGAGGGCGGCCUGGCCACCUACAGAACAGCCAUCGUGCAGAACCAGCACUUAGCCAUGCUAGCCAAGAAACUGGAGUUGGAUCGCUUCAUGCUCUACGCUCACGGACCCGAUCUGUGCCGGGAGUCGGACCUGCGGCACGCCAUGGCCAACUGCUUUGAGGCUCUUAUCGGUGCUGUGUAUUUGGAGGGAGGCUUGGAGGAGUCCCGGCAGCUCUUUGGAAGACUGCUUUUCAACACACAGGGUCUACAGGAGGUCUGGCUCAACUACCCAGCACACCCCCUGCAGGUCCAGGAGCCUCUCACAGACAGGCAGCUGAUAGAGACGUCUCCCGUCCUUCAGAAACUGACGAACUUCGAGGACUGUAUUGGCAUUUUGUUCACACAUGUGCGUCUACUGGCCAGAGCCUUCACCUUGAGGACUGUGGGCUUCAACCACCUCACCCUGGGCCACAACCAGAGGAUGGAGUUCCUUGGAGACUCCAUCAUGCAGCUGGUGGCCACAGAGUAUCUCUUCAUCCACUUCCCUGACCACCACGAAGGACAUUUAACACUUCUCCGCAGUUCGCUGGUAAACAACCGCACGCAGGCCAAAGUGGCGGAGGAGUUGGGCAUGCAGGAUUUCGCCAUCACCAACGACAAGACCAAACGCCCCGUGGCUCUGCGGACGAAGACUCUGGCUGACCUGUUGGAGUCUUUCAUCGCAGCUCUCUACAUCGACAAAGACCUGGAGUAUGUGCACACCUUCAUGAACGUCUGCUUUUUCCCCCGGCUGAAGGAAUUUAUUCUCAACCAGGACUGGAAUGACCCAAAGUCCCAGCUGCAGCAGUGCUGUUUGACCCUGAGGACAGAGGGCAAGGAGCCCGACAUCCCUCUGUACAAGACCCUGCAGACAGUGGGGCCCUCUCACGCCCGCACCUACACCGUGGCUGUGUAUUUCAAAGGGGAGCGAAUCGGCUGUGGCAAAGGCCCAAGCAUCCAACAGGCGGAAAUGGGAGCUGCAAUGGAUGCGCUCGAAAAAUAUAACUUCCCACAGAUGGCUCAUCAGAAGCGCUUCAUCGAGCGGAAAUAUAGACAGGAGCUGAAAGAGAUGAGACGAGAGCGGGAUCGGCAGGAGAAGGAGAAGGAGAAGGAGAAGGAGAGCGACGAGCCGGAGGAGAGCAGGAAGUGACAGCAUCUUGUUCUGAGAGCCAAUCAGGAGCGGCGUCCACAUUAAGGAGCUCUGAUUGCAGAUGUGGCUGCCGUCCAGGCAAGAGCUGGCAAAAGGCAGCCUUGAUAGUUUGGUAAUGAUGAUGGACUGUUUCCUAAGUUCUCCACCAACACCGAUGGGACUCAGGUGAGGAGUACCUUCGACUCUUAACCUGGAGAUUUAGGGGGAACUCGUCCAGGAUUCUCUUAAAGUGGAACAGAAGGCAAACGGCAUUAGAAAUGAAGCAAGACCCUUUCCUGUUGUAUGCCGUUUAGUACUGUAGCACUGUGAAAGGUGGCCUUAUGUUGUCUUAUUUUCAUGUGUGUCACCUUUAAAUAUUGAGAUUACUUUGUUGAGAGGCUCACAAUGUUACUAACAAAUGGAGAAAAAAAGCUAACAGGUUUUUAAAUAAAGUAUGUAAUGCUAAAUAAACCAUGAAAUAUUGUAAAUAAAGUUUCAG